CCGCCUCGGCUAGCCCUUCACGCAGAUCCGCAGCCGCCCGACCCGCCAGGACCCCGCCUCUCCUUCCCCUCGGCGCUCAAACAACCAAGCCGAGGAAAUGCACCCACAAAUGUGGAAGCUCCGCGCAUCCACACGAACUGCCAUGCAACCACCUCGCACGAUCUGCCAUGCCCCCGUCUCGCACGAUCCACCAUGCCUUCGCCUCGGCUUCUCCUUCGUGCAACCGCCUGACCCGUCAGGACCCCGCCUCUCCUUCCCCUCCGCGGUCAAGCAACCAAUCCGAGAAAAUGCACCCACAAAUUUGGAAGCCGCGGCAAUGGCGCCCGAUUUGGCUAUGGCGUUCAUGAUUUGGAAACCGCACAAUCUACAUUGCCGAUUUGGAAAGCACGAUCUCGGUACUGCAAUCACAACAACUAUCCCCCAAAUGUCGCGCCCACCAACGACCAGCUGACUUAGGAACGUCCAAGCAGGAGCCUACUCCUCAUUUGCCCCUGUUCAGAGGACCCCCAGAUUUGGCAAUGCACCAUUCGGAACAAUCGCACUCGAUCUGGCAAUUGUGUGCAUGAUCUUCGUCGCCGAUUUGGAAAGCGCACGAUCUACGACGCUGAUUUGGAAAGUGCCUUGCCAAACGAUUCCAGCACAAAUCCCCCAAAUCGUGCACCCACCAUCGUUAAAAAGGUCACAAUUGCCAUCCUGCUCCAACCUUCCUACAACGACGGAAAUCCUGCGCUCACACUCCUCCAGGUGAGUCUACAUUGUGUUUACCAUUUCUCUUGUGUUGUAGCAGUUCAUGUGUUUCUGGUACCCGUCUCUUGGAUAUAUUGAGUUCACUUUUGAGAAUUUCUUUGCGGUAAGUUUGUUCAGUGGUUAUUUUUGUGUAUUUCUCUAAGUCAUAUGUUUUCGGUUAGGGCGGCUUUCCAGUUUAUUUGUCUACAUUAUCGACUGUUUGUGGGUUUGUCUACUUAAUUGUCACAAUUGUUUCCAGAUGAUUUUUGUGUAUUUCCAUAGAUGAAUUGUGUUACAAGCCGCUUGAAGUCCUAUAUGUACAAUAGGUUUGGUUUGGAUUAUUGUGGUGCAUGUGCAUGCUUCCUGUCAAUCCUUUGAUGCUCAGAUAUGCUGAUUUACAUGUGGAAAGUUAAUUAAGUUGCAACUUGUCUAUUUUUAACCAGCCUGUCUUGUAAAGGACAUGAGCUAUCAGCUAGAGACAUAGCAUGUCACACAAAGUUCCUGCUGAUACAAUGUAUUAGUUCCUGUUCACUUGUGUCUAUGUGCAUCCCUAUAAUUUUCUUCUUUUGAACAUACAUAACCAUGAUCUUUCCUGUUCGAACCUUCAUGCUCAUGGAAUGCAUUAGUGAGUCUGAUACAAUGAGUUAUAUCCUAUUGCUAACUGAAACAUUUUAACUAUGUUUAUGUAUUAGUUCAUAGUGUGCUCAGUUAUGAUUUGCAUUCUUAUCUAUGUACAAGUGUGCAAAAUAAUAUUGUGUUCUUUUAUAAUGUUGCAGAAAUGCUCUAAAAAAUCAUUGUUUUCAAUGAUUCCAUUUAAAUUUCCUUGCAAGGUAACAACCGGCUUAAUAAUAUUGUUGUAGAAAUAAACUCAACGGUACCUGACCUUUUCUCUGCAGUGUGUUCUUUUAUUUAUGCAAAUCUGAGACUCCAAUGAUUAUAGUUACAUAUCCUCAUACAUAGAAACCCAAAUCAAUGCCGUCUCACCGCUACGACGCGCCCUGUGGAUUUUAUCUCCCCUGAAGUUUGUGUUCCUGAUGUUAACUAUAUGCUGCUCAUAGUGGUGAGACUGAGGACACUUUCGUCGUUGAUCUGGCAGUUGGUUUGUCCACGUGUAAGGUGCUCCUGUAAGGAAAAAAGUGAAUAAAAGUGACAUAAGAUUAUUCUUACCCAAGGUGCAGGAAAGACUCGAGCUUCAACAAGGGUCAGAUUAAGACUGGAGCACACCCUGCCGAUCAGAGCGUCUUGCCAAAUACAACCAGAUUUUCUGAUGUGAAAACAAAGAACCAACAGAAACGAAUCUAAUGGGCCAUAAUGCUGGUCGCACACCAUUCAUAGACAUCUCGAACACAAGCAUUACAGGUGAUCAAAAUGGAUCGAACUCGCUUAGACCAAUAGUCGAUGCUAAUGAACGUAAGAGGCAAAGGGAUAAGGAAAGAUAUGCCACGAUGUCCAUUGAACAAAAGAAUGAGAAAAAUAGGAAGCGACGUGAAGCACGUCAACGAAAUAAAGGACUACCCAUAAAGUCCGAGUCAUCUAGAGAAGACAUUAAUACGAAUCAGACACGUGAGGCGGUCAACGUUGAAAUAAGUCGAGAUGUGCAUCUUGGUUCAGGUCCUAUUAAAAACACUCCAUCGACUGGUAAUUCUAUCGAACGAAAGAGGCAAAGGGAUAGAGAAAGGCGUGCAACAAUGUCGGCUGAACAAAGGAAUGAGUACAAUAACAAGCGUCGUCAAAUGCGUCAACGAAAUAAGGGACAAAAUGUGAUGCCAGCUAUUUCAGGAGAUGGCGACAAAAAAGUAAAUGUGGAUCCAGAUGAUGAUAGCGACUGGCUGCAUCGGAACGAGACAUUCCAGUCAAAUGACUAUGUCGCAACGACAGACCUUCUGCCACCAGGCAGUGUGCAUGAAUCUGUUGGUACCAUUGGGGAAUCGGGUAUCGGCGUGAGGGAGUAUAGGCUUGAACGCCUUAGGUUGUAUAAUCAGACACCAAAGCGGAAAGAGGCAAAGAUAGAGUACAUGAGAAAACGUAGAGUGCUACAGGCUGACACUUUGAAUGUUGUGUCCAUCGCCAUGGAAGACCCAACAUAUACCCCUGAGGUUGUGCACCCUGCAACGGAACCUUCAACAGUUAUCGCCUGUGACUGGGUCAUCCCUGAAUUCGUUAGGACACCUUUCCUACCAGCUCAAACACAGACCGAGGAUGUCGGUUCAUUUGAUAUGUCUACUGAAGCAAUAAAACGUAAACAUCAUGUGCCGCGUGGGGAAAGACAAGCUAUCUUAGCCCGUCGAAACCAGCAAUUUCAAGCAUCCAUUGCAAGGAACGUGACUACUUUGAAUGGGGAUACUAUCGGUGACGCCAACAACAAUGCACAAUGUAGUGUUCCAUGCCAAGCCGCUACCUUGCCAACAAAUGGAAGUGAAGGCAUAACCGAACAAGCAAGUGGGGUGGAGCAUACACAAGAGAAGCCAAGGGUCAUUUCCAAUGAUGAUGAUGAUGAGACUGUCAUAUUCGGAGAAGAUGAUGACGACGACGAGAGAUACAUAUUCGCUGGCCAAUAUGAGGAGACUGACAAGGACAUUAAAAUCGAUGGUACUCAAGAUGAAUCUACUGGCACUGAUGUGCCUGACCCGUACGACAAGGUAUACAGUAACCUCCCUGAAGAAACGCAUAUGCUGAAGCCAGUUCCUGACUGCGGUUAUUGCACUGCGAAGAAGUUUGAGUACGAGCCACCUGGGUUUUGCUACUGUGGUGGGAAGGUUGAGCUAGCACCACUGGAUACCCCUCCCCAGCUCAGGAGGUUGUGGGAUAGUGCAGACUCUGAUGCUAAGCACUUUCGUGAUAACAUUAGGUUUUUUAAUGGCCAUUUCUCUUUCACUUCUCUGUACUGUUGCCUCGAUAGUAUGACAACUAAUGUGCGAGAUUCUGGUAUAUACACGUUCCGAGCACAAGGCAUGAUGUACCACAAUAUCAAGUCAUUCGGUAAGGAAGGUGGGUCAGAGCAUAAACAUCUAGAGCUUUACUUUUACGAUGAUGAUCCCAGUCUCGAGCAUCGGUACCGUAAGUGUCGUGAAGAGCAGCUUCAGAAAGACAAAGAGGUUAUUAAACAGAUAGUUGGCAUACUCCAUGGAAACCCGUACUCCGAGCACCUUAGGAGCAUGGGCCAUGUUGAGAACCUUGAUGACUAUCAUAUCGCAUUGAACCUUGACCAGACUUUGAACCAGAAGACAUAUAACACGCCUCUCACUUCGGAGGUGGCUGCUGUAUGGAUCGAGGGGAGCGAACGGCGAGGCCAGUUCAGCAAGAGUGUUAUGCUACAUGGGAAGGAUAGGUCAAGCCACGGCAUUCGCUCAUACCAUGGAUGCUACGAUGCACUAUCGUAUCCACUGUUCUUCCCUAGAGGUGAACUUGGAUGGCAUGCAAAUAUCCCAAAGGUUGGUGUAUCCAUGGAUGAAGUGGAUGCAUACCGUGCGACACAUAGGGCAAACAAUUCAAACGAUGAAGAUGCAGGUUAGUUGUUUCUUUGUACUUUAGGAUUUUUGCACAUUAUUAACUAUUCUUUCAACAUCACUCACUUUUCAAUCCUUGCGUAUGCAGAAUCUCCUACCCAUUUAUGUGUGUCCGUACGUGACUACUACUGCUACAAAUUCCAGAUUCGUCCCGGUGUAUUCAAUCCAAUACUUCAUGGAAAGCGGCU